GACGCAUCUUCACCUAGCGACCACGAUCAUGCUCGCGGUGCGUCUUCCUCGCGGCCUCUAGAAAAAGAAGAGCUCCAGGAAAUAGCUGAGCAGAGUCGCUGGAUUGUCGUUCAGUUAGUCCAGGGGUAUUAUCACUAUUUCACGCAGGAACUGCUAGGAGGAAAUGCGUUUACGAAUCGCGGCACUUCUGAAGAUGGUUCAUCCGCUGAUGACGAGGAAGAGGCGGAGAAGAUGGGAGGACGUAGUUCAGUUGACGUAGAUGUAUUAGCUAAUCUCGAUCUUCAAUUAGAAGGACAAGAAGGAAUUCAAUCGCUACUACAUGCAGAUCAUCACGAUGAUGCAACAAGCGUCCCGAUGGAAAUCAUGGACAUACC